AUGGAUAGACUGCCCCGACUGCGGCGAAAACCGAAACCCCCGGCCAUCGAAACGUCUGUCGACCGCACCAGCAGCGACACCGGCGAGAGCAACUUGGCCACCGAACCCGCAAGCCAGCCUUCGCCGCAAAAGGCCGCCAUGAAAAACUCGCCUUUGCGGAGCCUCAAAUGGCGUGUGAAUGCUAAGCGCGCGAGAACGCACUCUCCAGCUCCCCGGCCGUCGGUUUCGCCCGUCGUCGCCGUCUUCAGCCAGGAUGGCGUGGCAACCCGGUCUACCAUGGUCGACGGCUCGUCCGCUAAGAACCGACCUCGGCCGGUCAUGCCAGCAUUCCUCAACACCUCUACGCACGGCAUCCAAGUCAAGUUCCAAGAGCUCACCUGGGCUGAUCGCAAUCGCGCCCUCCAAGCCGCUCGACCCGAUUCCGCCGCCAACUCGAGGUGGGGUUUCUUCAAGCAGACCGACGGCCCGCAAAGAGGAAUCAUGGACCGAUACUUCAACAUUAAGCCUUUUAAUUACAACCGCGUGAAGCUCCAAGUGCCCGAACACGAGUUCGACUACGUCAACGCGUCAACGGUAGUCCUCGAGCCCCCGGGGGACGACUCCCAGCCGCCAUUGCGAUAUAUUGCCAUGCAGGGCCCGACGCUGCCGUCUCUCAACUACGUUUGGCGAAUGGUGGCCGAGCAGACGGCAUCCCCCGCCGUCAUUAUCCAGCUCACGAGCAUGGUGGAAGGCGGAGCCGUCAAAUGCCACCAAUACUUUCCCGACACCAAGGACAACGCGACGUGGAACCUGAACGAGGACAAUGUUUGGAAAGACGACUGGCGCGCGCGGCUUACAUUCCACUCUCUGGAAGAGCUUGCGAACGGCGCCAUCGAGAAGCGGAAACUGCUGCUUCACGUCCAGGGGGAAGCGGAGCCGCGGACCGUGUGGCACCUGCUAUACACGCGCUGGCCCGACUUCGGGGUCCCCACAGUCGACGACAUGGACAAUUUCUUCGAGCUCAUGGCCAUUUCUCGACAUCACACGGAGCCCUCUAACCCCCGCAUCAUCCACUGCAGCGCUGGCGUGGGCCGCACCGGCACCUUCAUCUCCCUGGAGCACCUAAUGCGGGCGUUGGACGGCGGCAAGCUGGAGGCCACGGAGGCAAACUACAAGAGCAUGCCCGACGUCAUCUACGACACUGUCGAGAACCUCAGGCAGCAACGGUGCAGCAUGGUGCAGUCCGAGAUGCAAUACCGGUUCCUGUACGAGGCGACCAGGAAGCUGUGGCAGGUCAAGUACGGCGUCGGCGCGCUGGAUGGCCACGACGCGGACCACACCGGGAACAGCGAGCCCGCGGCCAAGAGGCUAGAGGUGGCAGGUCUCUCCUCUGCACGUGACGGCUCCGACUCUGCGUGA